AUGGAUCUGGAGAGCCAAGCAAGGGCUGUGCAAAUAAGUGGCCUUUUUCCUUCCCCUACCUUUUGGCUUUGGCCUCUCUUGGUGUUGCUGCUGGCAGAGGGUGUAGGAGCUCAAGACCUAGGCUUCAAGGCUUGUAGACUUCAGGGUCUCAGUGAAAAAGUGCUAGAAGUGCUACCUGGAGGUGGCUGGGACAACUUGCGCAAUGUGGAGAUGGGAAAGGUCAUGAGCCUCAACUACUCCCAGUGCCGCACCACUGAAGAUGGUGAGUACCUCAUUCCCAAUGAUGUCUUUGUAGUGCCCCUCAAGAAGAGCACAGUGGAGAUCCACUCUGAACUUAUUGAAGACUGGCUAACCUACAUCGAUGCAAUUUCCAAAUCCAUCAAUGCUGAGGCCUCCUACCUCACAGUACUCAAUGGCAAGUUCUCCACCGGGUCCCAAGAAACCAAGAUCCACAAUGUCUAUGAUGAGACAGUCACCACAAGGGUGCAGGUACGGCAUCACAUCUAUUCUGUGAAAGCUCAUCCAUCCUUCACCUUCCACAGGGACUUCCGUCAUCAACUUGUGGGCAUAGGCAACCAGUUGGAGAACAACCAGAGUCGGAUUGCUGAGUAUCUGGCAGAAAUGCUGGUAUUAAACUAUGGCACACAUGUCCUCACAAGUGUGGAAGCUGGAGCAUGCCUCAUACAAGAGGAUCAGGUGAAAAAGAAGUUUUUGCUGGACAAUGAUGCUAAGAAAGCAGGCAUCACUGCCUCUGCCUCUGCUACUUUUUUCAGCAAGGUCAAUGUGGGAAUUGGGGCCUCCCUGCAGGCUUUGGAUAAUCUGACUAAGGGCUAUCUGGAAAACACUGUAAAUUCCAAAUUGGAGAGCUGGGGCAGUGUGCCCUUCUACCCUGGCAUCACCCUCCAGAAAUGGCAGGAGGGCAUCCCCAAUGAUUUAGUGGCUAUAGGCAAGUCAGGCUUGCCUCUGCCGUUUUUCAUCACCCCUGAGGCCUUACCUGAAUUGCCAGAACCUACAGUCCAUCGAGUGGCCACUACAGUGGAAAAUGCUAUCCGCCUCUACUACGCAAUCAACACCCACCCGGGCUGUGUCGAGCCCAGUUCAAAGAACUUCAACUUCCAGGCCAACGUUGAUGACGGUUCGUGCCAAAACACCAGCACAAAUUUUAGCUUUGGUGGAGUCUUUCAGGAGUGCCAUGGUGUUUCGGGCCAGGACACAGAAGAGCAUUGCCAGGCUUACCGUAUCCAGAACCCUCUGACUGGCAACUACUCUUGCCCAGAGAACUAUUCGGCUCUCCUGCUGCAUGGAGAGCAGCGUACAGUGAGCCAGCCCAAGAUGGAGUGCCAUAAGCAGUGCCAUUCCUGCUGGCUUGUGUUCACCUGCUGUAAGAGAGUGUGUGGCAUCCACUACUACCCCAGCACAGUGAAGUUCAGUGCUUACUGGUGUGCUGCUACAGCUCCAAUAGCUCAGAGCACAGGGUUUCUCUUUGGAGGACUGUACAGUCCUGGGAAUGAGAACCCAGUGACUAACACCUAUGCCUGUCCAGCCUACUUCUUCCCCUUGGUCCUAUUUGAUAAUUUAAAGGUGUGUGUCAGCAAUGACUACGAGAUGGGCUCCCGCUUUGCAGUGCCCUUUGGUGGCUUCUUUAGCUGCCAGUCUGGCAACCCUUUGGCAGGGUUACGGAAGGGGCAGAGCCCUGGAAUCCUCCAGGAUUUUUUCUACCGGGAUUCCCUUACUAAAUUCCCCAUGAAAUGUCCACCUGGACAUAGCCAACAUAAGGCAUACUUGAGUGAUGGCUGUGAAAUUCUCUAUUGCUUGCAGGCAGGGACACUUUUUGCUCAGCAGUUGGCUCCCAUCAAACUCCCACCCUUUCUGCGCACACCAUCCCCAAAUGUCAGCUUUUCUGAAACUAUCCUGGUACGUUCUGAUGGUAGCCAAGCCUGGGUCAAAAUACGCCAGAGUGGAAGCUGGAGGCUGGCCAAUGGCACAGAUGAGAAGGAAAUAGCUCUUCUUUUCCAGGGACACGAUAGUUUGGGACUGUCAAGCGGGGGCAUUGCUGGAAUUUCCGUGGCAGUGAUUGCAGUCUUGGUGCUCAGCUUUGUUUUCAUCAUGUUCAGAAUCCGGCGUUCCAAGAUCAGAGGCUACCAAGAAGUGACAAAUGAGCCUCUAGUCAAUGAUUGUGAAAACUAUGGAACCGUAGCAACACCUCCAGAACUUAGUGCUGCCUGAAACAUCUUUUCAUCUAUAACUGGAAGUUAACAUGUCAACUUUAAAUUGUGGGGGGCUGAAUCUGGGAAGUGGGAGGGACAGAAUAAUGGAGAGUUGUGCAGAGGUUGCGGGGAGUAAGCGUUAACUGUGGAUGUAUGUAACGAUGUUUGGCUGAAAUGAUGAUAACCAACUUCCAGAGGAAAUAAUUGGCUCUGAGUUGAGUGAAUGAAGGUAAAAUCAGCAAUUUGAGAGGGAAUUAACUAAAAGAUCUAGGCUUUAUGAUGAAUGUCCAGUUAUAUGAAUGAAAGGCAAUGAAUUCAAAUGUAGCGAUACACUUUUUUCUUUGAGCACCUGCAGUUUUGUAGUUGAAAGAGAACAGAUUACACUGACAUAAGACAAGACAAGAAAGAAAAGUAAUUUUAGCAGACUGAAGUAAGAUUUAGAGCAAGAACAGCUCUUGCAGUAGUGUACUGAGAGCUCAUUUUUAUUUAUAUGUAAGGGAACUUAUUUUACUUUUAUUGCACCUUGACAGUCAUCACUUGAUAUUUAAAGCAGACAAGCAACAUUACUGAGUAGAAGUAAGCUUCCUUUGGCAGUCACUCGAUAAAUCUUUUGUCAAUCUAAUAAA